AUGUUAGCACAUGCUCAGACUUCAUUGAUUAAACUCAAACAAUAUAAAGCCCCAAAGCAAGACUGCAGUUUUGGAAACCCGGACAAACUAAGUGCAAGAACUGAAAACUAUGAUUGGCAGUUUGACGAUUGCAAGCUGGCAAGAUCAGGUCCUCCAGCAACAAUAGUAGCAAUUGAUGAAGAAAGUCGAAAUGGAACACUUCUGGUGGACAACUUGCAAAUUACAGGUCAUGCAGGAGGCUCAAAUCCUACUAUUGCUUUAUCGUUGAAAGGCAACAAUGACUAUUGGGUCCUUCUGGAUGCUGUCAAUCAGAGACUGUAUUUGAACAGUACUGGCCGAGUUCUUGACCGAGAUCCUCCAUCAAAUAUCCAGUCCAUUGUUGUUGUGCUCGAUUGCCUAAACUUGCGAGUCGGAAGUGUCAUCAAGCAUGAAGUGCGAAUUAUAGUAAGGGAUCGGAAUGACAACUCUCCAUCUUUUCAACAGUCACGAUACCAUGUGGAAAUCAAUGAGUUGACACCAGUUGGGACCACAAUCUUUACUGGCUUCUCAGGAAGAAAUGGAGCAACUGACAUAGAUGAUGGUCCUAAUGGGCAGAUUGAAUAUGUUAUUCAAUAUAAUCCAAAUGACCCAGAAUCUAGUCAGACAUUUGACAUCCCACUCACAUUGUCGGGAGCUGUGGUUUUAAGAAGAAGGUUAAAUUAUGAAGAAAAAACACGUUACUAUGUCAUUGUUCAAGCCAACGACCGAGCUCCAAAUCCAAAUAAUAGAAGGACCAGCACAACUACAUUGACAGUUGAUGUACUUGAUGGAGAUGAUCUUGGCCCAAAAUUCCUUCCAUGUGAACUGGUCAACAAUACGAGGGAUUGCCGUCCCCUCACAUACAAGGCCAGUUUGCCUGAGCUCACAGACCCGGCAAGGAUAAACCCAGUGAAUGUUACACCUCGAAUUCUAGCUGUUGACCAAGAUAUAAACAUUAAACCAACUGAUGAUCAACCAGGAAUUGUCUACAGUAUUCUUGUUGGUACGCCAGAGGAUUAUGCUAAGUACUUUUCCCUGAAUAAUAUCACUGCUGAGCUCUAUCUCCUAAGGCCAAUAAACAGGGAUUUUCAUCAGAAAUUUGAUUUGGUUAUUAAGGUACCAUCAGGUGCUACUCCUACGAAAGACCCAAAGCUGCGAAUUUCGCUGAGCGACUUUGUUACAGCAUUUACCGUAACUCCUUUCGGAAUAACCCGCUAUCUGACUUUACGUGAGCCAGUUGACCGGGAACGUCAGCAGAAUUACACUUUUACGAUGACGGCUUCUGAUGGUGUUCAAGAAAGUACUUCAGUCACUGUCAAUGUCUUCGUGAUCGAUGCGAAUGACAACACUCCAAUUUUUCAGAACAUUUCUUACAAAGUAAAUGUUUACACUGACAUGAAGCCUGGAGAAUCUGUCAUACAGCUUACUGCAUCUGAUGCCGAUGAAGAGAAGAAUGGACAAAUUAUUUAUGAAAUUGUGACUGGUGAUGAUGGUGACUUUGUAAUAAGUAACAGCAGUGGAUUGAUUACCAUUGCUCCUGGAGUUAGUUUAAAUGUUGGUCGGAUUUAUGCCCUUACUGUCAAAGCAACAGAUAAUGCCAGGCUGGCUGAAAGGAGAAGCUCAAUUACUACUGUCUAUAUUGAGGUUCUUCCUCCAAACAACCAGAGUCCUCCAAGGUUUCCACAAAUGCUGUACAACGUUGAAGUGAGUGAAGCUAUGAGAACAGGGGCAACUUUACUGAAUUUGAGGGCAACAGAUCGUGAAAAGGACCCAAUCACCUAUCGCAUUCAAAAUGGAGAUCCACAGCACGUUUUUAAAAUUACUCAAAACAGUGGACUCUUAGUCUUAGAAAAAUCUUUAGACAGAGAAAGUACAGAUCGAUAUAUUCUUAUUGUCACAGCAUCUGAUGGCAAGCCUGAUUCGGUAAGUCAACUGUCAGUCAGGCUUGCAGUGGCAGAAGUGGCAGAGAAUGAUGCACCAGUACCUCCUCUCAUCCCCGCCUCCUUGACCUUGUCGGAGGAUGAUGCUAAUUCUUUUUAUGGGCAACUGAAGGCUACUGAUCCAGAUGCUGGUGUCAAUGGGCAAAUUCGAUACAGCUUAGCAAACUUCAAUAACCUGUUCAGAAUCACAUCAAAUGGGAGCAUUUAUACAUUGACAUCUUUGGACAGAGAAACAGAAGAUAAGUAUGAUCUACUUGUAGAGGCUUCAGAUGGAGCAGUGGAUCCUCGUCGCUCAACUGUGACUAUACCAAUCAGAGUUCUUGAUGUUGAUGAUAACAGCCCUGUAUUCUCACAACCAACCUAUGUAGUUUCUGUACCAGAAAACAAUGAAGCUGGAAUAAUUAUUCUGCAGUUACAGGCAACAGAUGCUGAUCUUGGUGCAAAUACAACUUAUCGUAUAAGAACAGAUGAGGCCAGAAAAUUGUUUUCUGUCAAUCAGGGGACAGGAGAAUUGUCAAUUUUAGAGACUGUGGAUUACGAAUCUCUGUCGACUGCAGAUGCAAGCUAUACUUUCGUCGUCGAGGCACUGGACAAUGGGGAAAGCAUGCCUCCAGGUUUAGCGACUGUGAUUGUUCAAAUAAAGGACAUGAAUGAUUACUCUCCUGAAUUUAUCGAGCAUUCCUACAAAGGGCUGGUGGCACCAGAUGCCCUCAAAGGCAGCUUCAUCACUGCUGUAUCAGCAGAGGACAAGGACCCCCCUGGGAGUCCAGCAAGCAGGGUCAGAUAUAAAGUGAAUAUGACAGAAUUUCCAUACAGUGCAAGCAUAUUUGAAGUGGAAGAAGAGACAGGACGGGUGCUUACCCGAGUGAAUCUCAAUGAGGAACCGAGUACAAUUUUCAAGCUGGCAAUCGUUGCAUAUGAUGAUGGAGAACCAAUGAAAUUUAAUACCACGAUAGUGGAGAUUACUGUACUUCAGCCAUCAGUAAUUCCCCGUUUUACACAGGAAGAUUACAGGUCUCCACCUGUAAGUGAAAGUGCUCCAAUAGGAACUGUAGUUGUCACUGUAACUGCAGCUGCAAUCAAUCAAACAAUAGUGUAUUCAAUUAUAGCAGGAAAUGAUGCCGGCGUAUUUAAGAUCAACAAUCGGACAGGAGUCAUCACAACAAAUAAAACUUUGGAUUAUGAAUCUGUAAAGGAUUAUGAAAUUAGGAUCCAGGCAGAUUCAUUGUUGUUCUUCAGGUCAAACCUCAGGGUUCCUUCAAGAACAAACACAGCUAAGGUUUUCAUUGAGGUGCAAGAUGAAAAUGACCAUGCUCCUGUUUUCACCAAGUCUCUCUACCUGGGUGGGGUGACUGAAGAUGCCAAGACAUUCACCACUGUGCUACAAGUUGAGGUUGAAGAUCAGGACAGUGGAAACUACAGCAUCUCUCAGUUCCGAUUAAUCAUACCACCCACAAAAGAUGGAAAGGAUGGAUUUGUAAUAGAACAGUAUACUGGCGCAAUCAAGACAGCCAUUACAUUCAGAAACAUGAGACGGUCUUAUUAUAAGUUUGAAGUUAUUGCAACAGACAACUAUGGGACAGAAUUGAGCAGCAGUGCACGAGUUGUUGUAUCUGUCGUCAAUGAAUUGGAUAUGCAAGUGAUUGUUUCCAAUGUCCCACCUACCCUGGUGGAACAGAACAAGGAUCAGUUGAUUGGAAUUCUGGAACGUUACGUACAGGAUCAGAUUCCUGGUGCAAAGGUUGUAGUGGAAUCCAUCGGUCCUCGCAGACAUGGCGAUGGCUUUCAGGAAGAGGACUAUUCCAAGUCAGAUUUGAUGGUUUAUGCUAUUGACCCUUUGACAAACAGAGCUAUUUCAAGGAAUGAGCUCUUCAAAUUUCUAGACGGCAAACUUCUAGAUAUAAACAAAGACUUUCAGCCUUACUUGGGACAAGGAGGUCGUAUUCUGGAAAUCCGCACGCCAAGCGUGGUGGCAAAUGUACAGAAACAGGCACAAGCUGUGGGCUACACAGAAGGUGCUCUACUGGCUCUGGCUAUCAUUAUCAUCCUCUGCUGUUUACCUGCAAUUCUGAUAGUUAUGGUUACCUACAGACAAUUUAAAGAGCGACAGGCAGAGUGUGCAAAGACUGCGAGAAUCCAGAUGGCUUUGCCAGCAGGGAAAUCGACUAGUGGCCCAACAACUAACCUAUAUGAAGAACUGGGUGACAAUACCAUGAGGGGAUAUGGACAACAGGAGCAACAGCAAUUACUGAGGCCCUCGCUGCUUAGACCUGAGGAACUCUCCAUGGAAUCAGGGAUUGAUCCUGGCCAGGACUACUAUGCACAGGACUACUACAAUUAUGAACCUGGGUAUGAGGUCCCGCAGUACGGCAGUCGCCGAAGAUUAAUCUCUCCCUCUGGAAUGUAUGAUGACUAUGGAGAGGUGGUCAUGGAAGAUGAUGGUGGCUAUUAUUACAGCCCACAGGGAUCAAAUGCAGAUGCCGAGUGGUCUCGCCAUAAACGAGUGAAGUUGAUUGUAGAUCGUGAGUAUGAAACCAGCUCAACUGGUGAGGACAGUGCACCAGAAGCACAAAGGAUUCGUAUCAAGCACCCAAAUAACCAUAGCAACAUUAAUAGUAAUAUCUACAUUGCUCAAAAUGGAUCAAUCGUAAGAACAAGACGCAGUUGCCUUCCGACCAAUGGGAAAGCAGCUUCGCCUGCAAGAGUAGGAAAACAUUUUAAGAAACUAGACAAACUGGCAGCAACACAGGAAGAAAAGGUCCCAUUGAACAAUCCAUUGGCCAAUGUGACAGCUUCUUGCAGCAAUGACAAUCUCAAUGCAAGACCAUCAAGUAGCUCCAUGGCCUCCAGCAGCAAGGGGCCUACCAGCUGCCUGUCCAGACUCAGCACGGUAAAGGCAAAGAACGAGAGAGGGAAAAGCACAGAUGACCAAGAAUCAGCUGUCGACAGCGAAGGUGCUAAGGAGGCAUUUGAGUCCCACAGCGAUCAGACACAAUCAGAUGAGGAAGAACUGUGGAUGGGACCUUGGAAUAACCUUCACAUACCAAUGACAAAACUGUGAUUUAGAAUUUUUAUUGCUACUAAUGAUAAAAUUCACUUUUUAUGGGUACUGUGGAAAAGUAACAAUGAUUUCCAUUUUAUUCACCUUAAGCAUACAUUUUGAUUCGUGUGAUUUUCACUCAAUGCUCUCAACAAGCAUCCACAUUCUGAUUUUUGCAGAAAUGGGUAAAAUCGUUAAAUGUAAAGAGGACCCUAAAUAUGAGAGCAAUUUCACAGCCUGCCUGUGGAUAUCAUUUAGUUGAUUAGCCUCACAAAAUAUAUUGCUAACUUUUCAUAAGACAUGACAGAUUGUUAGAGGGUAAGAUAUUAUUUGCUUGUUCAUAGAGGUAUAAG